AGUUUGAGACCAGCCAGCUGCUCAGCAAGAUUGAGGAUGAACAGUCUCUUGGUGCUCAGCUUCAGAAGAAGAUCAAGGAACUUUAGGUUCGUACUGAGGAGCUGGAAGAAGAAAUCAAGGCUGAGUGGGCUGCUCGGGCUAAGGUGGAGAAGCAGAGGGCUGACCUCUCCAGGGAACUUGAGGAGAUCAGUGAGAGGCUUGAGGAAGCUGGUGGAGCAACAGCCGCUCAGAUUGAGAUGAACAAGAAGCGUGAGGCUGAGUUCCAGAAGCUGCGCCGUGACCUUGAAAAGUCAACCCUGCAGCAUGAAGUUGCUGCAUCAGUUCUCCGCAAGAAGCAGACCAACAGUAUUGCAGAGCUGGGAGAGCAGAUCGACAACCUCCAGUGUGUUAAACAGAAGCUGGAGAAGGAGAAGAGCGAGCACAAGCUAGAGAUCGAUGACCUCUCCAGUAACAUGGAGGCUGUUGCUGAAUCCAAAGGAAACUUGGAAAAAAUGUGCUGACCUCUUGAAGACUGCUGAGUGAGCUCAAAUCUAAAAAUAAUGAGAAUGUUCGCCUGCUGAAUGACAUUAAUGCACAGAGGGUAAGACUACAGACAGAAAAUGGUGAGUCACCUAAAAUUAAAACCACUCUAUGGGUGGGGUUUAUCAUAUUGUAUCAUUUUUUUUUAAAAUUUUUUUAUUAGUUUAUUUGUCAGGGACAAUGCAA